AUGCACAACGGCGGCGGGCAAGUCGUAGACUAUUACAUCACCGACCCCAAAGGCUGGGUGUCGGUGAUGUCGUCAUUUAUUGUCUUGAUGGAUGAUAACGACAUGGCGAAGGGCGGCUGUGAGGAGCGUGUCGACGACAACUAUAGUGACAAGGAGCGAUGCACCAGUCCACAGCAGCAGUUCAACCACCAGCACCAGUCCACAGCAGCAGUUCAACCACCAGCACCAGCCCACAGCAGCAGUUCAAGCACCAGCACCAGCCCACAUCACCAGUCCACAGCAGCAGUUCAACCACCAGCACCAGUCCACAGCAGCAGUUCAACCACCAGCACCAGUCCACAGCAGCAGUUCAACCACCAGCACCAGCCCACAGCAGCAGUUCAACCACCAGCACCAGCCCACAGCAGCAGUUCAAGCACCAGCACCAGCCCACAUCACCAGUCCACAGCACCAGUUCAAGCACCAGCACCAGUCCACAGCAGCAGUUCAACCACCAGCACCAGCCCACAGCAGCAGUUCAACCACCAGCACCAGCCCACAGCAGCAGUUCAACCACCAGCACCAGCCCACAGCAGCAGUUCAACCACCAGCACCAGCCCACAGCAGCAGUUCAACCACCAGCACCAGCCCACAGCAGCAGUUCAACCACCAGCACCAGCCCACAGCAGCAGUUCAACCACCAGCACCAGCCCACAGCAGCAGUUCAACCACCAGCACCAGCCCACAGCAGCAGUUCAACCACCAGCACCAGCCCACAGCAGCAGUUCAACCACCAGCACCAGCCCACAGCAGCAGUUCAACCACCAGCACCAGCCCACAGCAGCAGUUCAACCACCAGCACCAGCCCACAGCAGCAGUUCAACCACCAGCACCAGUCCACAGCAGCAGUUCAACCACCAGCACCAGCCCACAGCAGCAGUUCAACCACCAGCACCAGCCCACAGCAGCAGUUCAACCACCAGCACCAGCCCACAGCAGCAGUUCAACCACCAGCACCAGCCCACAGCAGCAGUUCAACCACCAGCACCAGCCCACAGCAGCAGUUCAACCACCAGCACCAGCCCACAGCAGCAGUUCAACCACCAGCACCAGCCCACAGCAGCAGUUCAACCACCAGCACCAGCCCACAGCAGCAGUUCAACCACCAGCACCAGCCCACAGCAGCAGUUCAACCACCAGCACCAGCCCACAACACCAGUUCAACCGGACGGGUAA